CAAAGUGAAAGCGAUGCUCUCACUGGGAGUGUCCUCCCCGACCCUGUGUCAGUGUUUGUUCAAGGUUUUGGCUCUUGGUCUGCGCUGUAUUAUUAGAGCUACGGGUUACGCUUAAAUGGCUUAAAACAAUCCUUGCUAUUUAUAUCUGCGGAGAGUUUCGUCUUUCCUCUGACUGGUUGAACGCUGCGGAAUCUGAAACAAGAAGCGCUAAAAAAAAAAAAAAAAUGCAUUUUCUUGGCAUUCUUGUGCUAAUGCUGUGCGACCUAACGCUGGGGUUUCCUGCUCCAAUAGAUACCAUCAUAGUGCAGGUCCAGCAGUGGGGAGUGGUGGGUGCUCAGCGGGUCGUGGACCAGGUCCUUCUCAACGGGGUCUCUCUUACUGGCACAAGCCAGGAAGUUGACAACAUUGUCCAAACCAUGUCAGCUGAUGCUCUCCCCCAAACUCUCAUUAGUCUCAACAAGACAUCACCAAUGAUUAAUCUCACCGUCCUUCGUUCCCGGGAAUGCAUACUGGAGGGGUCUCAGCUGCACUGGAACGACCGUGUGUUCUGUGAUGGGAAGCUCUAUCUGACUCUGGACCACACUGACACGUGGACGGCCCAUGUACCACAAGCACUGGCCCUCAAAGCGUUGUGGGACCAGGAGGUGCAGCGGACCAGGACGGACAGGAUCCACCUUCAGGAGGGAUGCAUCAAACUAAUGAGUGAACUGAGGCUGUCAGAGGAGCAAUUAGUUCAAGGGACUCUUUUGCCUCAGUUUCUGAUCCCAGUCUCGUCACUUCUUCUCUUUAUUGGACUUAUCAUGAUCAGCCUCCUCCUUUCUAAAAAGCUGGGUUUGAGGCACCCUGGAGGUGUUCUUGGCUCUGUUAUACAUUACCCCCCGGACAUGACUAAAAUGUCUCCAGAGAUAAAAGACAACGGUUAUCGUACCCUGUAAUUCAAAGCUCCACUCUCUGAUUCAACACAUUAUGUGUGUGUGUGUGUGUGUGUGUGUGUUGCUUUAUGAAUGUGCAACAGGAGGUUGCCAACGGAAGACAAUGUGAAACAUGUGAUCUGGAUUUCAAACCACAGUCUUUUAUGCACUUUAAUUCCUGUAUUGUAUGGUUGUUUUUAAUGCAUAUAAUUUCAAACCAUUGUGCAUAUAUACACACACCAACGUGUACAAAUAAUUGCCUGCAGCAAUAUGCAAGCUUCUUUUGCACAAUUUAAUAACUAUAAGGGCAGAUGUUUUCACGUGUCAGAAUUUCUUCAUGAAGCUAUUUAAGUAAAUAAUUUAUAUUGAAAUGUAGCAUAAAAAUGUUCUAUUUCAACCACAAACAGUAAUGCAAGCUAAUACAGACAGUGUCACAAAUAUCUUAACAAACUCUGCCAAACACUGGAUGGACAAUGUGUGUCCAACUGUGCUGUAUUGUUGUUUGGUCUGAGAUACCUUCCUCAUUGUUAAAUAUUUUUUUUAUUUAUUUGUAAAAUUCUGCAUUGUUGUGAUUGAUGUAGAUUUCCCCCCUAUUAUUUGUUCGUGUACAGAAAAUUUCCAAUUAAAGAUACUU